GUCAGGUUAAAUGGGACACCCCGUAUAUACAAACGAAAUUUAAACAAGCCUUAAAGCAUACUUAGUGCGCAUUAGUGCAAGCAAUCAAAUUCACUAUAAAAAUUUUUGGAUAAUGACCAUUGACGUCCAACAUUGGACAUCCUAUGGAUGUCCUAAUAUGGACGUUUUGAUAAGUCCAAAAUCGAAUAUACGAUGGACGUCCAUUUCACAUUCAUGGACGUGUUGACGUAAAAUGGACAUAAAAUGGACGUCCAUAGGACAUCUUGUACUAUCUGGGGUGUUUCUGAGUGGUUUGUACAAUCUUUCAGGAUAUGUUCCAGGGACCAAAACAAGCAGAAAAUAUCAUAUGAACAUGGGGUCGAAAACGCUUACUUACUAAAGUUAUGACGAUUCGAAAUUUUCCUGCAAUAGAAAAAGAAUUACGACAAUUCAAAGAACCGUCUUAAGAAAAAUUUUCUCUUUUCAACAUCAGAUUUAAACAGUUCUCGAACAGUUCUUGAAGCACUGUUGGCUGUUACCGGCUUGAAUUGUUCAAUUUCUCAUAAUCGCCGAUUAACUGCUGAACGUUUGAUGGUUUGGAAUUCGACGGCCUGGAGUUUCUUGCUACAUUCGAGCUUUUCAUUUGUUUUUUGUUUUGUUUUUGUUUUGUUUUGAAGUAAGACUAUGUAAUUUGACGUAAUAAGUUUAAUUAUUAAAAAAUUUCAAAGCAUCAUAAUUCCAAAAGCAAGCAUUUCAGUUGAAAAUAUCCUACAAAGCUCAUUUGUAAGCCUAUUUUAAAAAUAUAAAUAAAUAUUCAUUUGAAGAAUUGGCGGAUAUCCAUCUGAUGUAUGGCCGUGCCGGUGGAAAUGGAUCGGUUAGCCUCUUGAAUGUACCAAGAAACUUUUCCAGACCGUCAAACUCCAAAUCAUCAAACAUUUGCAGCAGUUGAUCGCUGACUACGAGAAACUGAGCAAUUCAAACAGCCAAGAAACUGGUGUUUCAAAAACUGUUCAAACAAUUGAUGUUGAAGAAAAUAUUUUAGAUCGAGUUGGCAACAAUCCCAGCAUUAGUACAAGAAAAAUUGCAGCAGCAGAACAUAUAUCUUACAUUAUCAUAUGGAGAGUUCUGCAUGAAUAGCUACUUUAUCCAUAUCAUUUGCAGAGAGUCCAGAGACUCUCUCCAGCAGAUUUUCUAGCAAGAUUGGUGUUUUCUCAAUGAUUUUUACAGCAGUGUGUGGAUCUAGUUUUUAAUUCUUUUUUACUUUUUACGGAUGAAGCUGGUUUUAACAGGGAUAGAAUAAUUAAUUUUCACAAUAAUCACCUCUGGGCAGAAAAAAUCCUCACGGUAUUGUGAAAUUUUGGCAUCAGCAGCAAUUUAGCCUGAAUGUUUGGGCAGGAAUUAUCAGCGAUCACUUGAUUGGGCCGUAUUUUUUACCAGCAAGAUUAAAUGAUGAAACUUAUCGCGAUUUCCUAGAAAAUCAACUUCCAAGACUCCUAGAGAAUAUGCUAUUGCCUAUAUGACAAAGAAUGUUGUUUAUGCAUGACCACCCUAUUUCAGUCGAUUCGCCAGAUAAUUCUUAAAUGCCACCUAUAAAUGCCACCUUAAAUGUGAUCUAUUCUGGUCGAUAGAUAGGUCGGGGGAGACCGUGGCCAGCAUGCUCACCUGACAUGAAUCCAUUGGAUUUCUUCUUCUGGGGGUAUUUGAAAACUCUUGUUUAUUCUAUCCCAAUACCACAUGUUACAACUCUUCGUCAGCGGAUCUUGGAUGGCUGCAACAUCAUCCAUAAUAUACCUGGUAUUUUCCAACGGGUUCGCCAAUCAAUGCGGCGACGUGCACAGGCUUCCUUGGAAUCUAAUGGAGGCCAUUUUGAGCAUUUACUAUAGCAAGUGUAUUGUCUUGUUAUAUCCGUAGAAAUAAAUAAAUGCGGUAAAUAUAGAGAAUUUAGGCCUAUACGCCGAUUUUGAUGAGACUAGGCUUCGAUGCGUUUUUGCACGAGAAACAACUUUUUCCUCUGGCAAAAUCGGCGGUCUGCCCCACGAAGCGAGAUAUUAAACGUUAAAGUUGACGACUAUACAAAUUUCACAUAGUGUGAAUUUAAACAAAGUUUCACAAGUGGUACAUGGCUAGCCAAUACUAAUCUCGAUAUUACGAUAAUUGUCCGUUUUAUUGGGUACUUUCUGAUGAUACGUCCUCCGACUAUACAGGAUGAUUGAAAACAACUUUCGACCCCCUACCCGUACCGCCCCUUCGGUGUGUGUGUAUGUGUGUGUAUACAUGUUCGGUACAAACAUUCGGCUAGUUAUUUCAACAGUCUUAUCAUGAUCUUGACAAUAUAUAUGAAGAUCAAAGUCAAAGUCACUUACUGUUCUCAUAUACACGUUGGAACAAAAACAAUUCUCGUGUUGUCACGAUACAAAAAUUAUAAGUUAUAUUCUCCGAUCGACGAUCGAAUACUUUAGUUCAUUGUUAGUGGUCUUGUGAUUAUAAUUUAUGGAAAAAUGAAAUUAUUUGAAUUUCUAUCGAUGUGUGAGCGCCAAAAUGAAUUAAUAGAAUUUUUGCGAAAAUGUGGCAUAACAAAUACGGAAAUGAUAUGUCCGCGAUGUAAUAAUAAACUUGCUUUAAAUAUGUCGACAUUGUUUCGGUGUCGAAAAGUGAUUAUUAAACACAAAAAUAAAAAGAAAAAAAUUUCAUACAGUGUGAAUUUAAACAAAGUUUCACAAGUGGUACAUGGCUAGCCAAUACUAAUCUCGAUAUUACGAUAAUUGUCCGUUUUAUUGGGUACUUUCUGAUGAUACGUCCUCCGCGCUCUGCAUUCUAUAAAGAAGAAUUAGAACUCAGCGAUAAAACUAUUGUUGAUUGGUCAAGUUUUUGUCGUGAGGUGUGCGUUCUUUGGCUUGAAAAUCAACAAAAUCCAAUUGGCGGAGAGGAAAUUGUUGUCGAGAUAGAUGAAGCAAAAAUUGGGAAGCGUAAAUACAACCGCGGACGUCUAAUCACAGGCAAAUGGAUUUUCGGUGCCUUUGAGCGAGGAACAACGAUAAUGUCGGAUAUGUGGAGGGCAUACAAUUGCUUAAAUGACGAAGGCUUUAUUCACUUAACUGUAAACUACUCAAUGAAUUUUGUAGAUUCCGGAACUGGAGCUCAUACCCAGAAUAUUGAACGAACGUGGCGAGAAGUUCGAGCCAAUAUUUCACGCUACGGAACACGAGAAAAAUAUUUAAUCGGAUAUAUAGCAGAACUUUUCUUUAAACGGCGAUACAAAUUUAACGACCGAAUAGUUGGUUUCUUCGAAGCCAUCGGACAAUUUUUUCCACCAGGAUGGAAUACAACUGACCCAUGAUUAAUUCGUAUCUAUAUUUCAUAAAUAAAACAUACAUAAUUAAGAAAUCACAUAUCAGAAUUUAACAUUUUCUUUUCAUUUUUGUGGCGAUGUUCUCUUCACUCAAUAUGUAUUUUGCAAGACGAAGUGAAGUUGUAUAACGUAACCUAAACCAAAUUUCAGUUCUAAAUAAAUCGCUUAUUAAUCUUU